CUGUAGUCGUGAGCGGAGGCCUGGGACAGCGUCCGGUUUCCGGUUUCGCGCGCGCGACGGAAGUGACGCGAGCGGCGCGCCGCGGCGCCGAGCGUGGAGCCGGGGUCGCGAUGAGCCGCGUCCUGCGGGCGCCGGCGGCCGGGGCCGUCCGAGCGCUGAGGCUCGCGCGCUGGCCUUCCCGAAGCCUGCAUCCGCCGCCCGGGGGCCGGGCUCGGGCGCCCGCGGCUGAGAGCGAGGAAGAGGACGACCCUAACCGCCCCAUUCAGUUUUCCUCCAGCACAGCCAACCCGUCCCGCUGGACGGUGGAGCAUUCCCUGGGAAAGGAGCAGCAGCGGCCCUGGAGGAGGGUGCUGCCCUUCAGCCUGUCCCUCAUGGUGCUGGUCAUCUGGUGCUUCUUUAGGGAGGAGACCACCGCGGACCGCUGGUUGAGACGGGUGUUGGAAGAGGAGGCGCCGGAGCCGGGCGACCGUGCUGAGCAGGCUGGAGCCGCGGCUGCCUCGGGGGCGAGAACUUGACGGGCUGCCCGUGGGGCCGGCAGCGAGGGAACAAGCAGGCCACCCUCGGGCCAUGAUGCCGCGUUAGCCCGUUUCUGUCCCGGUUUUGGCGUCCCCAGCCUGAAGGACGGGAUGGCGCACCUGGCCGUGCGGACCCGGUGAAGGUGGAGCGGAGUUUCAGCAGGUCGGAACCGGCUCCCCGCCUGAUACUUGAUGCCCAUCGAAUGCGUCCAAAAGCCUUUGCAGAGCCAUAGGGAAGGUUCUGGUUGCCGCGUGUGCUCUUGGAUUUGUGCCGUCUUUGUACAACGGUUGUCAUAUUCCGGAGCAAUUCUGGUGACACUUGUAAUCCAGUUUGCGGGUCGUUUGCUUUCUGAGACAGAGUAACUCGUAGAAGAGUUAAACUUUUUAUUUUAUGAUGUACUGUGGUGUGUAUAAAUUGAUGUUAGUUUUACAAACUGACAACAAUAAAUUUUAAUUUGAUCAUGUGGAAUUAAGCCAAUCCCCCCUUCUUUGCAUCUCAUUAAAAAGAAAGGGAGCCUUUUAAUCCUU